CAACAUUCGGUCAUGAUUUUUUGAUAAGGAGAUGAUGAUACCUAUAUAUGAUUCAUCGAGUAUGCUACCUAUAGGUAUGCUGUUUCAUAUUGCAUACGGUGAUAUGAUGCUCAACCAAUACCCAUACUAACCUACAAGUAAUAACGAAUUAAAGCAGUUUUCAAGCCUUGGUGAUGCAGUGAGCUAAAGCUGUGCUUUUAAAUUUUGGACGAUUUUCAAAAUCAUUUCAUGGACUGCUGAACAAGAAUUAAAUGCAAAAUGGAUAGUUUAGCUAUCAAUAGCUCUAAUUUUAUUAAUAUAGUGAUCACAAGUGCUCUUAAUGAGGCCUACUUUGUAGAACGAAGAUUUAAGAAAGACAUUACAAUACAGGAGUUCAAAGACAAGUUGGAGUUAUUAGUUGGUUGUCAAUCAAAGGCUAUGAAGCUGGAGGUUUAUAACAAAAAUGAUGAUGUUGUAUGCAAACUAAAUGAAAAUGACCGUGCUCUAGGUUCAUAUCCAAUUCAAGAUGGUAUGCGAAUACAUGUCAUUGGUGACAGCGAAACAACUGGAGAUCCAUCAAAUGUUGAAAAAUUUGAGUUAUCCGAAGAGGAAUACUCAAAAAGAUCAGACACAGUUAAAGCAUUUUUGAAAGAACAUAAAUUAGGAAAAUAUAAUGAAGAGGAAACUGCGAAAAAGGAAAAUGAAAAGAGGCUUGAGCAAGAAAGGGAAGAGCAUCUUGCUAAAAGUAUGAAAAUAAAUGAUAGAUGUGAAGUCAGUGUAUCAGGUAAUCCGAAAAGAAGAGCAACUGUAAGGUAUGUAGGACAUACUGAUUUCAAGAAAGGAUGGUGGAUUGGAGUGGAAUAUGAUGAGCCUUUUGGCAAAAAUGAUGGAUCAGUUGCUGGUAAGAGAUAUUUUGAAUGCCCAGACAAGUAUGGUGGAUUUGUAAGACCAAACUGUGUAGUAAUUGGUGACUUUCCACAAGAAGAUUUUGACUUGGAUGAAGAAUUUUAACUGAAACAUUUUUAGACAUAUAUAAUCCAUAUUCCAGCGCAUUUCUUUAUUUAUUUGAAAACAAUUCAAUCACCGAGCUCUUUUAUUUUUGGAAUUUACGACAUAUGUUAUCAGCAUUAGUAAUCAAUGCACAACAUAAAGUGUGAUAAUAAAACAGUACAUUACGUCUUUCCCGUACGCUUGGUGAAAAACGGGCGUUGAAAAUCGUACUUUCGAUACUCCGUACGGAAAAUAUAUACUUUCGGCACAGAGUGUCGAAAAAUACUUUUUGAAGUCCUCAUUGCUUAAAUAAUUUGUACAAGAUAAUCACAAAUUAAAAUAAAAUGGAUAUUUUUUAAUAAAUUGAAUGUACAAUAAUGUUUGAUAUUUUAGUUGUAAGUCAUAAAGAAUUCAAUGACUUCAUAUAAAAAAACAUAAAAAUAUAUUACAACACUCAAAUGGUGACUCGAUUUAGUGAAUGUUUACAAUAGUUUGAAAGAAAUUAUACAUUUUGUUAGAAAUGUUUUUUUGAAAACAAGAAAUGACUUAAACCAUUUCUCAUCGAAAUGAGUCAUUAAAAUUAUUUAUGAUUACUGUAUUAAGAGGUAAUAUUAAUGAAUAAUCGAAAAAAGUGCUGAGCCAACCGUUUCGUCAUUAACUGAUUAAUUUUCGCGCAGAUGAAAUUAGGAUAACAAUUGACAGCCAACGACAUAAUUUGAUGUGGCCGGUUUAGGUUGAAACAUGCCAAAAUGAUCUCAAAAGUACACUUAUAAUUAGCGUAAUCUCGAUCAGGUUUACUAUGCUAAUUAUAUUAUCUGCAGCUAAUAUAAGCGGCUUCUCUCCGUACUAUUUUACAUAUUUACAAGAUUGAAUUAAAUUAUGCGACGGAGAUUCUUGGUACUGCGUAGUACUGAGGCAAAACCAGAAAUUAGGAGAAUCCUAUAAUUAUUGGCAAAGCUAUGCACAUGGCAACAUUCUCUAUAGCUGAAUAGACAGGUAGCAGAGGUCAACUAACCAGUGAUAAAGUUGUCAUAUACCAAUCCCUAUCACCUCUCACUAGUUUUUAUGUUUAUCGACUUACCUUUUAUCUCAAGAAUUAUCACAGUUGAUCGCGUGCACUAAUCACGUUACAAAUUUUCCGAAUAUCAUAAAAGAUUACGAAGCAGUUUCAUCUAUACCUUCGAGUAUUCUUGGCAUAUACGCAUAUAUAUCUUCGGCAAUCAGUAUUGCCGAAGAAUGUAAUUUAUCCAAAUGUUCCGUUGCCUAUCUGGAUAUAUUCUAGACAUAUUAUUCUAGAAGAGCUCGACGGAAGAAGGCUAUUUGCAAUUUUCGGUUUUUUCAAUUCUAACAGAAUUACGAAUCGCAUUCGAUAGUCAAUACUCCAUCUAUGGCAAUACACAAAUAUAAUUUUCCAGUCACUCUCAGACUGAUUUAUUUAAUUAUUUAUUGACAUUGAGUUGUCUGUGAUUUUCAUUCUCUAGAAUAGGCGGGUAGCAGAGAACGAGGCAGAGGUCAACCAGCUGCUGACAAUGAUCAUCAAUUAGAGGAAUGCUGGGGCUGGAAUCUUUCUGUAUAAAAAGUCCAAGACGAAGUGAAUUGGAACAGUGUCAGUUCAGCCGCAACUGCAGAGAAGAAAUGAUCUAUCUAGUUAACUCUUUGCAGACUGAAAUUUCGUUGUAGAUUUUUCAACUUGUUGGAAAUCAAUAUAUGCAAAGUAAAAUGUAGUUCCAGAUUCGAAGACAAAAAUCUCCAUUCUUCGAGUGCGAGGACAGUGACAAUGAAACGGUGGCUUAUGUCAAAGUUGGUAUUAUUACCUACAGCCGUCUAAUGUGAUUGUGUUAAGCUAUAUUUUUAAUUAAAAACUUACAUUUUCUCUAAUAAUGACGUUUUUGCCAGAUACUUUUUAUUUUCUAUUCAAACAAAUGUUCAUUUGAAUAUAAUUUUGGGACUGAAUUUUCAAUGUUUAAAUAGUAUAUCUCUUGCACUAAACGCGAUGUGUAAUAGCUAUUAUGUGAUACAUUUCAAAGAUCCACAUUUUUUUAUAAUACGCAGGAAAUAACGGUAUUCCAUUUAGCGAUCACGUGCUUAAGAAAUUGAAUGAAUGAGGUAAUUGUAAAAGUAAAAUACAAGAUAUUUAUCAAUGCGCAGGUUUAAAAAGUAACAAUGAAACAUAACAUUUUUCUUUACAAACUGGUACGUGUAUGGAAUCGAAGAAAAAAAGUAUAUAAAUCUUGACGAAUAGAUAUGCCUAUUAUGAACAUACGGUAAUAGCGAUAUGUAACUUACUACAUCACGCCUUUUGGCUACUUUAUAAUAAUUUAAAAAAAAUGCUUCAUCGACUGUAAAAAAUAAGAUUGGAGAAUCGACUGCAGGUGCGUGCUACAUCCACUCUCAAUUCAAAUCUCCCAAACUGUCCGUAAUCUAUUGGAGCUAAAUAAUUGUUUCGAGCUAUAUAAAUAAUGUUUUAACUAUAUAACUUUAAUAUUUAUCAUAAUAUUCGCUCUCUUAUCAUUCAUGGUCACCAAGUACGUUAACGGCAACAUAGUUUUUCACUCUUGAUCCAUGCAAUACUUUUUUCGUUCGCUGAGGUAAUUAUGAACUACUUAUGCUAGUUUUGCUUUUGUCGCACUAAUGACUUAAUAUUACAUUAUUUGUAGUUGCUCUGUCAAUUCCUUCGACAUUUCUUCGUUACUAUCAUUUUCCAUCUGCAAAUAACAGUGUUCAAUUUGUUAUUUAUGCCUGAGAUAUAAU